AUGACCGACCAGAAUGAGCCAAGGGACACUUCUAGCGAUGACAAGUUCUGGAAGGUGAGGCCGCUCCUUGAUGUUAUUAGGUGCCGGUGCCUUCAGCUUGAGGAGCUUGAGCUGAACUGCAUUGAUAAGCAGAUGGUGGCAUUUUCAGGGAGGGUCCCAGCCAAGCAGGUCGUGAAGAGCAAGCUGAAGCCUGUAGAGGUCAAGAUUUUUGUGCGGUGCAGCACGGAUGGCCUGGCACAUGAUUUUGAGCUGUAUCAGGACAAAAGCACAGGCAUCGACCGGGAAUUUUUCUACCUUGGGCGAGGGGGAUGUGUAGUAAUGAGACUUGUGGAGUCAUUUACGCUGCAACGCAACCUCAAACUGUCCUUUGACAAUUAUUUUACGCCUGUGUUGCUUCUGGGGGAGCUGAAACCAAUUGGAAUCCUUGCCACUGGUACAAUUAGGUCCAACAGGCUGCUGGGUUGUCAGCUGAAGGGAGAAAAAGAAAUUCGAAAGGACGAGCGUGGACGCAUCGACAUCAAGGUGACGGAAGCGCGAGAUGUCGCUCUUGUGCGAUGGAAGGACAACAAUCUUGUGACGGUGGCCUCAACACAAGUUUGCACUGGGGAACCUAAAGCUGUUAGCAGGUGGAGCUCUUCAAAAAAGGAGCACAUUGAAGUGGAGUGCCCACAGGCUAUACUUGAGUACAACCGCCACAUGAGGGGGGUUGACAAGCUUGAUUUUAUCAUGCUGAUUUACCUCAUCCGAGCAAAACCAAAAAAUGGCCGUUAG